UGGUAUCUCAUUAAUGAAUUUGAAUGGCGAAAACCACACCACUAAUCCUUUAAAUACUUGUGUAUAGCCAUAACCCUUCUAACUCUUUUCAUUUGUUAAACAUUCAUUUGUGCAAUCAUGGGAAGUUUAGGAACUGAACCACCAAAUGCUUUCAACUCUGAUCCUCACAACCAAACUAUUGAAGGAAAAUCAGAGAGGGAAAAAACAAUUGAAAAUUGGCUUCCAAUUAACUCUCAAAGGAAUGCAAAAUGGUGGUACUCUUCUUUUCACAAUGUCACUGCCAUGGUUGGAGCUGGUGUUCUUGGUCUCCCCUUUUCCAUGGCUGAUCUUGGAUGGGGUCCAGGUUUGACUAUACUUUUCUUAUCAUGGAUCAUCACUUUGUAUACAUUGUGGCAAAUGGUUGAGAUGCAUGAAAUGGUUCCUGGAAAACGUUUUGAUAGAUACCAUGAACUGGGACAACACGCAUUUGGCGAAAAGUUAGGCCUUUAUAUUGUGGUUCCUCAACAACUUGUAGUAGAAGUUGGAGUGAACAUUGUCUACAUGGUCACCGGAGGUGCAUCUUUGCGGAAGUUCCACGAUACAGUGUGUCCAAGUUGCAAAAAUAUCAAAUUGACGUUUUUCAUUAUGAUCUUUGCCUCUGCUCAAUUUGUAUUGUCUCAUCUACCUGACUUCAACUCCAUUUCUGGUGUAUCUUUGGUUGCAGCAGCAAUGUCCUUCUGUUACUCUACAAUUUCUUGGACUGCUAGUGCACAUAAGGGAAUACAAAAAGAUGUACAUUAUGGUAGCAAGGCUACAACUACUUCAGGAUCAGUUUUUAAUUUCUUUAAUGCACUUGGCUCUAUUGCGUUUGCCUACGCUGGACACAAUGUGGUGUUGGAGAUCCAAGCAACAAUUCCGUCUACACCUGAGAAACCAUCUAAGGGUCCAAUGUGGAGAGGCGUUGUUGUUGCCUACAUUGUUGUUGCUUUGUGCUACUUCCCUGUUGCUAUUAUUGGUUAUUGGGUGUUUGGCAAUGAGGUUAAGGAUAACAUCCUCAUCUCUUUGGAAAAACCAGCUUGGCUUAUUGCAAUGGCUAACUUUUUUGUCGUUUUACAUGUAAUUGGAAGCUAUCAGAUUUAUGCAAUGCCGGUGUUUGACAUGAUUGAAAGUUUUUUGGUGAAGAAAUUGAAUUUCAAACCAAGUACAAUCCUACGUUUUCUUGUGCGUAACUUAUAUGUGGCAUUCACAAUGUUCAUUGCUAUUACCUUCCCAUUUUUCGGUGGCCUCCUAGGAUUUUUUGGAGGAUUUGCUUUUGCUCCAACAACAUAUUUUCUUCCAUGUAUCAUGUGGCUUGUAAUCUACAAACCAAAGAGAUUCAGCUUGUCUUGGUGGACUAAUUGGAUAUGUAUUCUUCUUGGGGUAUGCAUAAUGAUUUUAGCACCCAUUGGAGCAUUGAGGAGUAUUAUACUUGAAGCCAAGACCUACAAAUUUUACUCUUAAACUUGUUUCCUACUUGAAUCGGUUAAUGGGAGGUGUCAUGCAAAUAAAUAGUUAUAACUUCCCAUGAUAAUGACGAUAUAUAUUUUAUCUAUGCUUUAUUUGUUGCCAAUAAUGUUAUCUAUUUUUUAA